CCCGUAUGUAACAAGUGCCCUAAAAAUAUGGCGUCGAAGCUGUAGCAGCGAAUGUGGAGAUAUUACCUGUAAGAUUUUCUUCUUUUGGACACUUGAUUAUUGAUCAUAAUCAUGUUCAAAUCCAAGAAGAAAAAGCCUGCAAUAUCGGACCCAAUAAAUUUUGAGCACCGUGUCCACACUGGCUUUGACAGUGAACAUGGUGUUUUCUUUGGUCUACCGGCCCAGUGGACAGGCAUCAUCGGGGUGGAGAAGGAGCGGCCAAGGCCAAUAGUGGACCCGUCCAGUAUCACACACACAGACAUAGAACCACUCAAGUCACAAGCUAUUAUUCGAGGUCAUUCACAAGCAGAUCUAAAUGGUUUCCUACAGCCAGGACGGGGUAUCAGUGUGGCAAGGUCGAACUCCUUGCGAAGAGAAAGCCCACCACCAUACAGAAGGAACUUUAAGCCAAAUGCAGACCCCCACCUGUACCUGAAGAUGAAACGUCACCUGGGAGGUUCAACGAGUACCCACCAGGACACCCAGGAUACCCAAGGGAUCAAAAUGGUCAGAACAGGGACUAUUCUCCCAGAGAAUACAGAGGUGACCCCCGUGAAUAUGGCCGCAAUAUGCAUGAACGGGAUCCAAGAGAUGAUCGAUACCCUCCUGGGAUGGAUCCUAGAGAUCCACGACGAGAAAUGCGUGAUCCUCGGGGAAUAUCGGGGAGAUCCCAGGGACCCAAGAGAUCCAAGGGAUCCCCGAUUUGUUCAUCCAGAUCAGCGAGGCCCACAGCGUGACCCCAGAGACUAUUCUCAGGGCGGGACAUUGGAACGUCGCCAGAAUGGUCCAAAUGAAUAUGACAGAGGACUGAAUAAUUCUUACGGCAGUGAUCCUUAUAAUAGUUCAUUUGAACAACGAAAUCGUCCAAGGGAUAUGCCACAACAAAAUAGUAGAUACGAUCAACCAGAUGGGAGGGGUGCCCCCAAUGACCGCCACCAGUUUCACAAUGGAGUUCAGACAAGUCCCCCUCGACCUGGACAACACCCCCACGGCUUCUCUGAACUGGGACAUCCUAAAUCUCCUGUUGCCUUGCAUUAUGAGAGGGGUGACCAGUCCCCUAAUAAGCCAAACAACAGCCAGCACAUACACCGCCCCCCUCACUCGCCCAAUCAGAAGCCCUCACCCCCAGGCGGCAAGUCCCCGCCCCACAGCAAGCAGCCAGGACCCAGCCCAGAGCAGCAGCGACUCUCACAUGAACAGUUCCGAAAUGCACUGCAAAUGGUGGUUUCGCCCGGUGAUCCUCGUGAGUUCUUGUCAGAGUUUGUCAAGAUUGGAGAAGGUUCAACAGGUAUUGUGUGCAUCGCCAACGACCGAUCCCGAGCCCAGCAGGUUGCUGUUAAAAAGAUGGAUCUGAGAAAACAACAGAGAAGAGAGCUGCUGUUUAAUGAGGUGGUUGUAAUGCGAGACUACCAUCACCCCAACAUUGUAGAUAUGUACAACAGUUACUUAGUGCUAGAUGAGCUGUGGGUCGUCAUGGAGUUCAUGGAAGGAGGUGCACUCACAGAUAUUGUCACACACAGCAGGAUGGACGAGGUGCAGAUAGCAACAGUGUGUCGGGCCUGUCUGAAAGCCCUGGCCUUCCUUCACUCUCACGGAGUCAUCCAUCGGGACAUCAAGUCAGACUCCAUACUGCUGUCACAUGAUGGAAAGGUGAAACUGUCAGACUUUGGUUUCUGUGCUCAAGUUACUAUGGAGCUUCAGAAGAGGAAGUCACUGGUAGGAACCCCAUACUGGAUGGCGCCAGAAGUAAUAUCCCGCCUUCCAUAUGGCCCAGAGGUGGACAUCUGGUCCAUGGGCAUCAUGGUUAUUGAGAUGAUAGAUGGAGAACCACCUUUCUUCAAUGAACCCCCACUACAGGCCAUGAGGCGCAUCAGAGACAUGCCUCCACCGAAACUGAAGAACACACACAAGGUUUCUCCAAGACUUCAAGGCUUCCUGGACAAGAUGUUGGUGCGUGACCCGACCCAGCGAGCCACCGCAGCCGAGCUGAUGCAACAUCCCUUCUUGCGUGAGGCCGGCCCUCCAUCCUGUCUGAUGCCCUUGAUGAGGAGUUUAAGGAACAGCCCGUGCUGAAGUUCCUGUGAUUAAAGCUCCUUGCAUCAUCCACCAGAUAUCUUAAUCCUGUGUUCCUGGCAGGUUGUGCCUAACCCUGUUGUGAGUUUAGGCUUUGACAUAGCAGCUUCCAGAAUACCCCCCUUCUGUAAAUACAUCCAUAUAUGCCAGCUUACAGACUUAUGGUGUAACACUAUCUUAGUAAGUGGAUUGUAUGGGUUGUGUGUUUCUAACAAAUAUCAGCAUGCUGAGGACCUGAAGCUUUGGGCUGUGUUUGACAUGUAUUGUGUAAGCUUGCAAGGUAUAUUGGAAGAAGAUAUGUUGAAGACAGCUAUAUUACAGGACAGUACAGAACAAGGUUCAGAUUCAUUUAGGUUCAACAAAUAUGGGCAUGAACAAAACAUUGCUCAUUAUGGACUGAAAGUAUUAUUUGGAUGUGUUUUAGAGAACUGCAAAUGUUGAUUCCAUGUUAUCGUUUUCAUUUGUCAUCAAGAUUAUGAA